AUGGGCAAGACUGUCCCAACACAACUAUUGAGAAGGCAACAGCAGCAUACCAUGAAUAUAAAAAGUUCUUUUAUGAAUACCACCAAAAAAACCCUGAAACAACCGCAGAUUGCUACGCACAAUUUCUCGAGACACAAGUUGGCCGUAUGGCGGGUAGAGCUGCGUCGUAGAGACAUUACGGGGUUCGUAGCAGUAAUGGAGAGAGUUGUUGGAAUGCAUUACGACAUGCGUUGGGAGGAAUGUAGAAUAGAGCUUAAGCGGCGGCGCUCAGGAGGGUUGGGAGGCACAAUUCUCUUCGGCGACGAACUUGGCGAUGGAUAUGAGGGGGUUGACCUCAAACGCGAAACGGUAUGUCAAAGGGAACCAACCACGAGCAGGCUACUCCAAUGUCUGCUUGAUAAGCGUGUUAUUGUCGUUCGCUCGCCGCCGAUGGCUGGCAAAACAACCCUCGCACAACUAUUUGAACAGCACCUACUUCAAUCAGACGAAGUGAAGAGAGGGUCACGUCGCGUUUUUCGCAUCUCGUUACUCUGGAUGGAACGGCAGGGAUCACCGUGGACGUUCGCUGAACGAUUCCAAUGGCUCAUGGAUGGUACCAAGUGGGCCGAUUUCCUUGAUGAAUCGAAUAACUUGGAGACAGUUCUGAUAGUCGACGAAGUUCAAAAAAUUUACAAGCCGGAAGGUGAAAGCGAGCCUCUCCAUGGCGGCAGUGUGUUUUGGAAUACGUUUAAGAACAUUCGGCAAUACAGCAAGCUUCGCAUCGUUGCGUUCGCUUCCUAUGGAUAUCUCGGUGCAUAUUCAAACAGUGGAGAAAGCGGAAAGCCCAUGGAAAUUUCGCCUUACCACCUUGAUAAGAGCAACAUAUGGGAUUUUAAAGAC